GCCGCCUGGCGGUCGCCGCUGGAGUCACGCCGCCGCCGCCGAGGCGGCUCGGCGGUCCGAGAGCCGUCCCACGGCAAGAUGGCGGCGCUCACGAGGCAUGGCCUCCUCGGGAUUUCCCGGAGACUCGCCGGCAAACUGAUCGACGCCCGGACCCCGGACCCGGACCCGACUACGCCGGCUCGGCGCCUCGCCGAGGCGAGCGCGCCGCGCCGCCUCCUCUCAUCGUGGACCGACGCCAAGGCACCGACACGCGAGUCCGACCGCGACGACCAGCCGGACGACCUUCCUCUAGGGGAACUCGGCGGUACGCACCGCGCCACCGGGGCCUCGAUCGCCGCCAAGGGGUUCUUAAGGCCUUAUAAACCUUAUACACCACCAUGUGACGUUUUGACAAAAAUCAACGAAAUAUGCAAAGCCUUGGGUGUUCCGAUCAAAAAUGAUUUUGGCCUCAAAGAUCCCAUCUUGCGGUUCAAGUUUUUCGUGGCCUGCGAAAAGGAGUUCAACCACAGCAUACCAAAUUCUCUCUUAUAUACCAUAGAGACAAUUAGAGAUGUUCGCGAGUACUAUCUAACACCAGUGGACUCGGUUACACCACUAGAAACAUUGAAACGAAUUGACUUACCAAAGAACCUACACAUUAAUUACGAGUACCAUCGUUUCCAUCCUGAGACCGACACAAAAUUUAAUGGUAAAACAGCGUUCCCAGCCAGUUCGACUGUAAUAACUGGAUUGAAGUACAAGAAGAAGUAUUCAGGACACGUCCAAAAGACAUCCUGGCCUUAACAUGGGCACAUACCCUGCUAAUGCUGUAUAGUUAACUUUGAAAUAAAACAUCAAAGAUACACGAU